AUGACGACACAUGCGCCCUUCCAUACCCAUACCUACUGUCUGGAAUUAUUAACAGCAUCCCCACCUAUUUUGUCCUCUCAACCCGCUGCCAAGACUUUACAUACUCCACUGCGCUGGAACCGCGUGAACUCUCUGACCGCUUUUCUUUCCAUUUCUGUUUCCGGGUAUCUGUUCGUUUCGGAUGUAUUUUGUUACUUAUGUUAUGUUUUAAUCCAUAGACCGGAUAGUAGACCGGAUAUCUUGUUCUCCGGUCAAUUGGACUAUCGCUCCACUAGUCUGCAGGUCACUCUAUUAGGUAGGAGGUUUGUUAGCUGCUAUCCAUUCUGCAGUAGAACAAACGAAGAUGGAUCAAGAAGAAUAGCGGACUGA